AUGACUAAUGAGCCAUUGGAUGAAACAACACUGAUUGAUCAUUGGUGCAUUGUUUUCUAUUUGUUCUUAGGAAAUGAGAAAACGAGGAUAUUCUCGAAGAAGCUUCAACUCCUUUCAGAUAUUACAGGAGUGGUUAGGCCUGGUGUUCUGACAGCACUGAUGGGUCCUAAUGGAGCAGGAAUAACUACUCUUCUUGGUGUUCUUGCAGGAAGAAAAACUAUAGGCUGCAUAGAGGGGGAAAUCAGAGUUGGUGGUUGCCCCAAGGUUCAAGAAACAUUUGCAAAGAUAUCAGGCUUUUGUGAACAAACAGAUAUACAUUCUCCACAAAUCACAGUAGAAGAAUCUUUGAUUUUUUCUGCUUGGCUGCGUCUACCUGCUUGUAUUGACUCAAAAAUGAAAACUAAGUCAUUUAGAUACAUUGAACUUCAUGAAGUCAAGGAUGCUUUAGUUGGCAUACCUGGUCAUAGUAGUCUAUCAACUGAGCAGCGUAAAAGGCUUACAAUAGCUGUAGAACUUGUUGCUAAUCCUUCCAUAAUUUUCGUGGAUGAACCUACCUCCAGUUUGGAUGCAAGUGCUGCAGCAUUGGCUUACAAUAGCUUCGUUGCUAGAGGAUUAUUUUGGGUUUCGCCAUGA